GCCAGCAAGUAUUGGAUGCAAAUACCGUGGCAGUUUCAGCUGAGAAGUUCUCUGCAGAAGGAUGAUAUCAUCGUCUUUGAAAGCACCAAUGUCUAGGGCAAUCGCGUACAGAUGUCCAAUGAUCAGUCCCCUGAUCGUCGACCGACAAGCAAUCUGAUCCUGCUAAGCAAAGGGACCAGCUCCAAGCCUUGGUAAUGGUUAGUUAAAUCCUCCGAUGACGGAUUGGAGCCUUGAAAUAUAAAGUCUCACGUUUCAGAGCCAUUCCUUCGAGAUAAGUCCUCGCUUACGUUGAUUGAUCCUCGAGCGCAGACAUUGAUUUUGCAGGGAUCUUUAUCUUAAAAACUUCCGUCGCGACGUCUCAUCCAUUUUCCCUGUUUAUUCUCAUUUAAACGACAGGAACAUUGACAGUAUGUCGUUCUUGAAUAAGUUCAAGAAGGAAUUUGAAGGACUCAAUCUGAGUGAACGCCUUGGGCAGCAACAAGGAGCGCCCUCGCCAGCGCCUCAAAGUACUGAACAGAGCUAUCAGUCCUACAACAAUCAAUACCAGAACCAGCAGCAAGGACAUGGACAACCUCCCUACCCUGGACAGAACCAACAGAAUUCCGGGUAUCAGUCAUACCACGGACAGUCGCAGCAGUCAUACCCAGACCAACAUUACGCCCAGCAUCAAACUCACAGCCCACAGCCACCAGCUUACAAUACUUACCAGCCUGCUCAGCAGCCUCAGCAUCAACAAUGGCCGUCAUCACCGGCACCUCCAGGACAGCCUGGGCAAUCGUUCCCGUCAGCACACGCCCCUUACGGCGCUCCUGCAGCCCCAAACUAUCAGUCGAUCCAAUCGCCUCCAACGAUAGUGGCACCUGGUACUGCUGGUCAUGGCCAUCCAUGCCCUACGCCUCCUAGAUGGGUGCCAUAUUGGUCUGAACAGUCACAGCAAUGGUAUUACGUCGAAACUUCUGGCAGAAGCUCUUGGCAAGCUCCAUCUGACCUCCCGCCACUUCAAGGCAUGCCGGCCUUUCCAGGAAGUCUAAACUCGAAUAACAGAAGCCAUGGUGGACAGCUGAUCCAUCCGGGUCAGCCACAGUACACCAAUCCGCAAGACUCCCGACCAAGUCUUCCAGAGAAAGAGAAGAAGUCAUCGAACUUCCUGGCCGCAGCUGGAGGUUUUGCUGCAGGUGGUGCAGCCGGAUAUUUUGUCAAAGAACGAAUUGAUAAACGCAAAGCCAAGAAGCAUGGCCGCACGGCAGAAGAUUUCUCCGACUUUGCCCACUUUCCAGCAUGGGAAGUCGACCUCGAAUGCAACAUCUGCGAUCAGGUCAUAAGCGGUCCCUACGCACACUGUAAGAAGUGCGACGGUGGUGACUACGAUAUCUGCCGUGAUUGUCUUGCCCAAGGAGAGGUCUGUAAAGGCAAGGGCAAGCAUAACUUGGUCAAGGUGUAUCCCAAGUACUACUGCGACGUGUGCAACCUCUUGAUCAAGGGAGGGUUCUACUAUUGUGGUAUUUGCAAUAAUGGAGAUUGGGAUACGUGUCAGAAGUGCUUUGAUGCAGGAAAUACGUGUCGUGGAAUGGAGAGAGGAGAGACGCAUAAUCUGACGCAUCUUUAUAUGCCGGAGCCGAAGUUUAAGAAGGGAACUGGGAAGUACGAUUCAAGUAGCAGUUCGGACUCGGAUUAGAGAUGCCAUUAUAGAUGCUAACAUGGAGAUGCAAACUAGAAAAAGCAGCACAGGCCGUCAGCCUCUAGCCUAAUGUUUGAUGUUUUAAAAAUGAACACAUCUACGC